AUGAUGAAAUUGCUUGAAGUUGCAUUGAAAACUGGUACACCCAUGUUGAUUGAAGAUAUUUUAGAAGAUAUUGAUCCUGCUCUGAAUGACGUUAUUCAUCAAUCCAUUGAAAUUCGAUCGGGAAGAUCAUUGAUCAGACUCGGAGACAAGCUCGUCGAUUACCAUCCAAACUUUAAAUUAUUCUUGACUACAAAAUUGUCCAAUCCAAAAUAUUCUCCAGAAAUUGCCUCUUCAUUGUCCAUUAUUAACUUCUCAGUCACGACACAUGGCUUGGAAGAACAAUUACUUGCCAUUUUAGUGCGAAAGGAAAAACCAGAACUUGAAGAACAAAAAACGUCCACCAUGAUCUCUGUGGCUAGUGCCAAUAAGCAACUUGAAAUUUUACAAAAUGAAAUUCUACAAGCACUCACAAGUGAUCAAAGUGAAGAACUCUUAGAAAAUGAAACCUUAAUUUCCAAUCUUCAACAAUCUAAAAAGACAAGUGAAGAAGUGACUGGUCGACUUGAAAUUUCACAAGAAAAUGAAAAGAAAAUUGAUCAUGCUCGUAAUCAAUACCGAGAUGCAGCGACCAGAGCAUCAAUUCUCUAUUUUGCUCUCUAUGAUUUGAGUAAUAUUAAUGUCAUGUAUCAACAUUCCUUAGAAUCCUAUAUUGAAUUAUUUAAAAAGAGUAUUGAAAAUAGUCCAAAACCAAAAGGAAGAUCCGAUCAACAAAUUCAACAACGUAUUGAAAUGUUGAAUGAAUUUCAUACCUAUGAAUUUUACAAAAAGACUUGUCAAGGACUGUUUGAGAAACACAAAUUACUAUUCAUUUUCCAUUUAUGUGUCAAGUUAUUGCAAAGUGAAGGAAAGUUGAACUCGGAAGAAUAUGACUUUUUCUUGAAGGGUUAUGUUAUGGAUUCUUUGAGUCAUCAUGGAGUAGUUUUCAUGGGAGGUAGUAGUAAUAGUAGUUCCAAUAGUAGUACUACCAAUAGUAGUGGUAGUAGUGGUAGUAGUGGUAGUGGUAGUAACAACAACAACAAUACGACCACUACAGUACUGGCUAGCAGUAGUAAUAGUUCCAAUAGUAGUGGUAAUGGUACUACUAUGAACCACAACAACAACAACAACAACACGGAUACAAGUCUCUACUACUCUUCCAACAACAACAACAAUCCAUGUAAACAUUGGUUACCUCAACAUGCAUGGCAAGCCAUUUCCGAUCUCGAUCAAAGAGUUCCCUUCUUCCAUGGUAUUGCAAGAUCCUUUGAAGAAGAAAGUGAAGAUUGGAGAGUGUGGUAUCUUUCCGAUCAUCCCGAGAAUGAACAUGUUCCAUCCGAAUGGCAAACCAAGAUUGAUGAUUGGACUAAAAUGCUCAUUGUGCGAUGUGUCAGACCUGAUCGUCUCAUUCACAUGAUCAAAUCAUUUAUUGUUUUGAGAAUGGGUUCAGACAAGUACAUCAAACCACCUCCACUCGAUAUUUCAUCCGUGUAUGAAAAUGAUUCAGAUCCUUACACUCCUAUUGUAUUCCUAUUGGCAUCGAAUGUGAAUCCACAAGAACAAAUUACAAAACUAGCCAAUGAAAAAUCCAUCAAAAUGAAUGUCUUUUCAUUGGGAAGAGGUCAAGAACAUUGUGUUCAAGAUGCAAUUUCAAAGGCAGUGAGAAAUGGAGAAUGGAUCUUUUUAGCAAAUUGUCAUUUGAUUGUGAAUUGGCUUUCGAAAUUGGAUGAACGUUUAGAGAGUUUACUUCGGAGAGAUCAUCAACAAAUGGAUGAUUCAGUUGGUAGUGGUAAUAAUAGUAAUAAUAAUAGUGGUAGUACUAGUGGUAAUACCAAUAAUACUAGUAAUAGUAGUGGUAAUAAUACCAAUAAUACUAAUUAUGGUAUUAUGACCAGUUCAAGAAUUCAUGUUCAUCCAAACUUUAGACUUUGGUUAUCAAGUAAGCCUCACUCUCAAUUCCCAAUUAGUCUUCUUCAUCGAUCGACCAAGGUUGUGAGUGAAUCUCCAAGUGGACUUGUUGGAAAUAUGACAAGAUUAUUUAAAUUAACAUCUCCUCAACAAUUUGCACAAGAUGCUACCAUGUUGAGUAUUGAGUAUCGUAAAGUAUUCUUUGCACUCACUUAUUUCCAUAGUAUAUUAAUAGAGAGAGAAAAGUUUGGAAAUUUGGGUUGGAAUCAUCAUUAUGAUUUUAAUGAUUCUGAUUUUGAAGCUGCUCUUAAAGUAUUGAAGAAUAUGUGUAGUAAUAGUAGUAAUGGCAAUAGUAGUAAUGGCAAUAGUAACACACCAAACAAAUCAUCAUUCUCUUUUGAAGCCUUCAGAUACAUGAUUGUCAAUGUUUGUUAUGGUGGACAUGUGACCGAUGAAGUAGAUCGAAAAUUAUUAGACAUUUAUGCACGACAAUGUUUCAAUGAAUUACUGAUCGAUAUGAAUGAUUAUCCAUUAUCAAUCACAGAUGAUCGAUAUUUAGUUCCUGGAAAGAAUAUUCUCUCGAAAUAUUCAAUCAUGAUGAAUUCUUCAGGUCAAAACAAAUCCAAUGCCAAUACCAAUACCAAUAUUACUGCUUUGAAUAAUUUAGAUCCAACUCUUGAUCAUUCUGCCUACUUGAAAUAUAUUCGUGAGGGUUUACCUCAAAGUGAUUCUCAUGGAGCAUUUGGUCAAAACCCUAAUGCAUUUAUUACAAGUCAAAUUGAAAGAGCAAAAUCUCUACUUGAUGGAUUAUUAGCCAUGACUUGGAAUACAAUGCAUACAAGUUUACACUUUGCAAAGGAACAACAAGUGAUUCAAGGCAUUCAUGACAUUCUCUCUCAACUUCCUGAAUGUAUUGACACUUCAAAGGUGAUCAAUACGGAUCAACCAUUAGUGAUUGUGUUAUUACAAGAAUGUGAACGAUACAAUUCAUUACUUUGUACCGUGACAAGUCAUUUAUCUCGUUUAUUGGUUGCACUCAAAGGAAGUUCUAUCAUGGACAAGGAAUUGGAAAAUACCUUCUCAUAUAUUAAGAAAGGAAAAGUACCUGUGGAAUGGCUUUCAGUGUAUCCAACAACAAAACCACUUUCUUCUUGGAUUCAUGAUUUGUGUAAGAGAGUUGAAUUCUUUUCAAAAUGGGCACUCUCCAAUAAGGAACCUCACAUCUUUUGGUUAUCUGCGUUUACUCAUCCUGUUGGUUUCUUGACAGCUGUGAAACAAAUAGCUGCUCGAAGAUUCAAUGAUGUAGACAAAUCGAUUGACAAACUGGACUUUGAAUAUCAAUUUGUUUCUAAGGAUGUUCAUAGCAUCCAUGAGAGUGCCAAAGAUGGUGUUUAUGUGUAUGGACUUUGGUUGGAAGGUGCUGGAUGGGAACUUUCUUCGAAUAGUCUGGUCGAGCAAAAACCUCAUCAACUACGAUGUGAAUUACCAGUGUUGCAAUUAAGAGCUGUACCUCAGGACGAACUCAAAAAGUACUCGAAUCCGAAUGCUUACUUUAAAGCCCCACUCUACUAUUGUCCAGUGAGAGCAGGCAAUCCAAGAAUUCCUCACAGUGGACUCGUUACAUUUAUUGAUUUGAAGAUCAAACAGCAAAGUGUACCACUCACUUCUCCCGUGUUCAUUAACGCCCAACUUGCCGACGAGAAGCAAUACGACAAGUCCAACCCACUCGGCAAUGUACUGACCCUGUCGGAUCAUUUCACAAAGAGAGGAACUGCACUCAUUCUGCAAGAUUAA